UGCAGACGUUCGCCGGUAAAUGAAAGAAAAUUCUCAAACCGAAUGAAAAUUGUGGACAAAACGGGUCGAAAUUGGUUCUCCGUUUACACCGAUUUUCUAAUAAAAUACCACUUUAUAAGAUAUAUCAAGAAUGCCUCCUGGGACGUCUACACUAAUUAUGUCAUGUCUUACAACAAUAGUAGUUUUAUUUAGUUUUGUACAUUUAUCAGGUGGAUUAGCUGUAAUGUCUGUAGAUCUUGGUAGUCAGUUUAUGAAAGUAGCCAUUGUAAAGCCUGGUGUUCCUAUGGAGAUAGCCCUUAACAAAGAAUCAAGAAGAAAAACACCAGUGGUGGUAUCGUUUAGAAAUGGAGAACGUUUUUUUGGUGACGGUGCACUUGGAGUUUCGGUCUCACAUCCUCCAAUGUCAUAUGUCUACAUUCAUGAUCUUUUGGCUAAAAAGUUUGAUAAUCCUCAAGUCAAGCAGUAUAAACAAAGAUUUCCUUGGUAUGAUAUGGAAGAGGAUAAAGAAACAGGUACAACAGUCUUCAAGCACCCAAGUGGAAGUAAGUAUUCUCCUGAAGAGUUACUGGGAAUGAUUUUGAACAACUCAAGAACAAUUGCAGAAGAGUUUGCUGAACAUCCAAUGAAAGAUGUAGUUAUAACCAUACCAGCAUACUUCAACCAAGCUGAACGAAGGGCUGUCAUGAGGGCUGCUGAAAUGGUGGGUUUAAAUGUUCUCCAGUUAAUGAAUGGCAACACAGCAGUUGCUUUGAAUUUUGGUUUGUUUCAACAAAAGACUUUCAAUGAGAGUUUGGAAAGGCAUGUGAUGUUUUAUGACAUGGGAGCAUCCAGUACGACUGCAACCAUUGUGGGGUACAGUAUAGUCAAGUCUAAGGAGAGAGGRAUUACAGAGAAAGUACCACAGCUUGUCAUUAAAGGAGUCGGGUUUGACCGAGGUCUUGGUGGUCAUGCCAUUGAUAUCAGACUAAGAGACCACUUGGUGCAGAUCUUCAAGAAAAAUUACAAGGCCAAGGGGGAAGUCACAGAAUCACCUCGUGCCAUGGCUAAGUUUUACAAGGAAGCCUUGAGAGUCAAGCAAGUAUUGAGUGCCAAUAGUGAACAUUUUGCUCAGAUUGAAGGAGUUUUUGAGGAAAUAGAUUUCCGUGCCAAGGUUACAAGAGCGGAAUUAGAAGAGAUGUGCAGUGAUUUAUUUGAAAGAGUGGCUGACCCAGUGUACAAGGCUCUAAAAGCAGCAGCCAUGACCAUGAAUGAUAUUGAAAGUGUCAUAUUAGUUGGUGGAGGAACAAGGGUUCCCAAAGUACAAGAAGUCUUACUUAAAGCUGUUGAAAAACAAGAUCUAGCUAAAAACAUCAAUGCAGAUGAAGCUGCAGCCAUGGGUGCUGUUUAUCAGGCUGCUAACCUUGGUAAAGGGUUUAAAGUCAAAGCUUUUCAGAUCAGAGACUCCAAUAUUUUCCCCAUCCAGGUCUCGUUUGAUCGUCAUGUCAAAGCUGAAGAUGGCACAGAAUCCAUUAGACACGUUAAAAAAGUCCUUUAUCACCAUGGYAAUGUUGUACCUCAAAAAAAAGUCAUGACUUUCAACAAACAUAACGAGGAUUUCAGACUUCAAGUUUCUUAUACUGGACUUGAAAACAUUCUAACUGGCAAAGAAAUAGAGAAGUUUGGGUCUGUUAAUCUAACUACUGUUAACAUCAAUGGUGUARCUGCUGCCCUAACAAAGCACAAUAAAGGAACUCCAAAGGGAAUCAAAGCCUACUUCAGACUUGAUGACAGUGGGAUGUUCAAACUUGACAAAGUUGAAUCAGUCUUCGAAAAGAUGCCUGAAGAUAUUGAGAGUGAACAACAGUCUACAUUUGCCAAGCUUGGAAGUAAAAUAUCAAGUUUCUUUGGAGGAAGUGAAGAAAAGAAGGAUGCAAAACCUGAGGAAGCAAAAGAAGAGGAGAAAACAGACAAAGCUAAAGACGACAAACCAGAGAAUGAAAAAGAAGAAAAGAAAGAGAAACCAGAAGAGAAAAAAGAAUCAAAAGAAAACACAGAAAAAGAAGAAAAGAAAGAAGAAACACAGAAAUCAGAGAAAGAAGAGGACAAAAAAGAGAAAGAAGAACCAAAACAAGAAGAGAAGGCAAAAGAACAAGAGAAGGAAAAGAGUAAAGAUGAUGACAAGAAAGAAGACAAAGAAGAAAAAGACAAGAAAGACACUGAUAAGGAUGCAAAAACCAACAAGACUGAAGAGGCCCCCAAGAAAAAAGAACCUGUCAAACCAGUUUUAGUACGUGAAGCACUAGAAACAGAGAUCCAGGUCUUGGACCAUAUUGACCCCUCAAAGGACAGCAUGACUGCUUCCAAAGCCAAACUAGAAAUGCUUCAAGCCCUUGAUGAAGCCAAGAAGGCCAAUGAAAAAGCUAAGAAUGCACUUGAAAGUCACAUAUUUGCUAUGCGUGAUCAUGUCGAUAGUGAACUUGGAGAGCAGCUAUCAACUGAAGUUGAACGGGAAACUAUUAGUCAAGCACUAAGCCAAGCCUCUGAUUGGCUGGAUGAAGAUGGUUGGGAUGCAAAAGCCGAUGCUUAUAAUGAGAAGUUAAAUGCUCUGAGAAAGAUCUCCCAAGACUUCAGAAAACGAUUGAAGGAACAUGAGUUACGUCCUAAAGCAGUAGCAGCAUUGUUACAAAGUCUUAAUUUGUCUACAACAUUUUAUCGCCAAGUUCAAAACAUGACAGAAAGGAAUGAGAUUUAUACAGCAAGAGAUUUAGAAGACCUUGAUAAAACCAACAAUGAAACCAAGGAUUGGCUUACAAAAAUGAUGAAGAAGCAAAAUGAAACAAAACCCCAUGAAAACCCAGUAGUGAUGGCUAAAGACAUUGAAGCAAAACAACUCAAGAUAGACAGAGAGUUGGUGUAUUUGUUGAACAAAGCUAAAUAUUAUGUACCCAAACCAAAGGUUAAUGAAACUACAGCUGAUGCUACUAACAAGACUUCCGGCAACAAUACAAAAACCUCUGAGAAAACUACUGAGAAAACAAAUGGUUUCAAAACUAAAAAAGCCUUUAAGAAAGAGAAAACUGAUAAAGAUCAGGAAAAACCAAAACCUACAACAACUCCAGAAAGCACAACAACAAAAGAAGAAAAAACUAAAAAUGAGCAAAAACCAGAAGAGCCAUUACCAACUCCUGGCAAAGAAGACAAAACUGAAAAACCUAAGAAAGACAAUGAAAGUGAGAAAGAAUCCAAACCAACUGAUGAGUUAUAGGAUUACUCACUUUGAAAAUAAUUUAUUUAAAAAAAUUCAACAUCAAUCGACACAGAUAUCAAGUGGUAUUCCCCAAUAGACAACAUCAUGGUGACUUGUCAGGUUUCCUGCUUGACAAGUUUAACUUUGUGCACAAGUAAAAGACAAAGAUAUUUUCAAUUCAUAUUAAAUAGGUUUAAUUCAAAUUCCUCAAAGACUGAAAAUGACCAUUUUUUUCAUUUACAAGUAUUCUUAUGGAAAACACUUUAUACUAAAGCCAGUGCUGACUAGUUGUACUGAAUUAUUAUGCAGAGAAAAUGUUCAGCAACAGUGUUAAUAAAAUAUUUCAUUAUAAAAGAGUAA